AACGCAACAACUUCCGAUCUUUUUGCGUUCCGACACAAUGAAGUACAUCACCACCGUCGCUGCGGCCAUUGCUGCCUGCGCUCUGACCGUCUCCGCUGACGUUGCCAAUAAUACCGUGUGGGGCUAUCGUGCCAACGAUGACACUAUGGUGAACACCAAUGCGUGGGCUGAUAAGUGGGCUGCGUGCGGUGGGAAGCGUCAGUCACCAAUCGAUAUCGUCACGUCUCCGAAGUCCGGCAAAGGCAAGAAGGUGCCGCUCAGCUUCACGGGGCGCUGCUCCACGUACAACCUGACGGAGCCCCACGAGCCUCUUGAGGUUGACGUCGUUGGAGGCAACUGUGCUGUCUCAGUUAACGAUGUCCCGUACAAAAUGGCCCAGCUCCACCUCCACGCUCCCUCGGAGCACACGAUAAACGGAAAAUCUCUGGACGGUGAGAUCCACUUCGUGCACAAAGCUGCCGAUGGCAAGGCUCUUCUGGUGCUGGGCAUCUUCCUCCAGGUCGCCCCAAAGUCUGACCCGUGGGUUGGCCCUGUGCUUGAUGCUCUUGGGAACGUCAACUCGGAUGACCAGCGCUCCGCGGCGGUCAUCGUGCAACUGAAAUCGUACUCGUCGUUGAUCCGCAAGUCCAUCAGAGCUGGAGGCGUCUACAACUAUCCUGGCAGCCUUACGACUCCUGGUUGCGACGAGACCGCCGACUGGUGGGUGGUACAGAACCCGAUCAAGAUCUCGUCUAUCGACUUCGGACGUCUUCACCAGGACCUGGUUGAGUACCACAUUACAGAUAAGGGCAACAACGCGCGCCCGGUUCAGCCUCUAAACGGCCGUACCGUCACCCGCUACAACUAGACGCCACUUUUCUUUCAGUUUUUCCAUCGGAAGAAUGAAAAAAGAAAGAAAUAUAUAUCACCUCGUUUGGUA